AUGGAUAAGUUGAAAGAAACGAGGAAUCACAACCCAGCAUGGAUCAAACAAAGGAGGUUCCUUUCUCUAAUACUCUUCCUAAUAGCUGCUCUUCUCACAAUAAUCAUUAUAUUUCUAUUCUGGGGAAGCCAGGAGAGCCUCGACCGUCCCAGGUUACAGCGCAAAUACCACAUCCCUGACAGAACAUUUCCCAUGAAACAGCGUUCUCCGCAGGUUAAAACAGUUCCAAGAUGGCAAGACAGCUAUUUCAAGGCCCAGUCACUGGUGAACAAUAUGACUCUGGUGGAAAAGGUCAAUGUUACAACCGGUGUAGGCUGGCAAAUGGGACUUUGCGUUGGGAUACGCUUUGCUGACAACAUUACCGCGUUUCCUGCCGGUAUCACUGUUGGAGCUACCUGGAACAGGGAGCUGAUGUAUAAAAGAGGCGAAGCACUGGGAAGAGAGGCUCGGAGAAAAGGGGUAAAUGUGCUCUUAGGUCCUUCCAUGGGCCCUCUGGGCGUUCUUCCAGCGGGAGGACGAAAUUGGGAAGGCUUUGGCACCGAUCCUGUUCUUCAAGGAAUUGCGUCCGCAGAAACCAUACGAGGGACGCAAAACGAAGGCGUAAUUGCCACCGCAAAGCAUUUUGUUCUGAACGAACAAGAACACUUUCGGCAGCCACAUGAAUGGAAUAAUUCUGAAGCCAUGUCUACCAAUAUAGAUGACCGCACACUUCAUGAGGUGUACGUCUGGCCAUUUUCCGAAAGCGUCCGUGCCGGUGUUGGUAGUGUAAUGUGUGCCUAUCAAAUGGUGAACAACACAUACUCCUGCAACAACAACCGGCUUUUGAACGGAAUACUUAAAGAUGAGUUGGCAUUCCAGGGUUUCGUUCAGUCAGACUGGUAUGGUCAACAAGUUGGUGUUGAAAGCGCCCUUGCAGGAAUGGACGUGAGCAUGCCUGGAGAAAUACACUACUCAGACUCGGGAGAAUCAUUUUGGGGGCCAAAUCUGACUACUGCCGUUCUUAAUGGAUCCAUUGAAGUCGGAAAAUUGAACUAUAUGGUAACCAGAAUUGUUGCGGCAUGGUAUCAAUUGAAGCAGGAUGAGUGGGAAAAACCACCCCCUGACGGCAGAGGGGGCCCCAAUUUUUCCUCCUGGACGAAGAAUAAAACGGGUCAUUUGCAUGAAGGGAGCGAUGAUGACCAAAAUGUGACUGUCAAUCGCUAUGUCCGGGCACCAAAUGUGUGGAAUAAUUCCCACAUUGAUCUUGCUCGAGAAAUUGCAGCUGAAGGCACUGUCCUUUUGAAGAAUGAAGAUGGCAUAUUGCCCCUCUCUGCAAAAGGAACCACUUCGGAUAGGAAGACGAAAGUAGGCGUCUUUGGGGAAGAUGCUGGCCCAGGGGAUGGGCCAAACGUUUGCCCCGAUAGGUCCUGCAACCAGGGCACUCUUGGAUCCGGAUGGGGCAGUGGCGCGGUCGACUUCCCAUAUCUCAUCACACCGUGGGACGAGAUCAAGAAGACGUAUGACAGCAAUAAUGUGUCUCUAAAUGAAUACCUUUAUAACGGCAUCCAAGAUAACGAUUUGGAGGAUAAAGACUUAUGCAUUGUAUUCGCCAAUGCGGAUUCAGGGGAGGGAUUUGCCUCCUGGGAAGGGAUAUAUGGGGAUCGCAACGACUUGUCCAUUCAAAAGGAUGGCAAUAAUUUAAUUAGGCAGGCUUCUGAUAAGUGUGGCAAAGGCAAAGGAAGCACCAUCGUGGUUCUUCAUUCUGUUGGCCCAGUAAUGAUGGAAGAUUGGAUUGAAGAGCCUGGAGUUAAAGCUGUUGUGCUUGCAAAUCUACCCGGCCAGGAGAGUGGCAGAGCCCUUGGAGACGUCUUAUUCGGCAGAGUCGAUGCAACUGGGAGACUCCCGUAUACCAUCGCAAAGGAUCCUGAAGAUUAUGGACCCGAGUCCAAGGUUCUGUAUGAGAGCAACGACGUGGUACCCCAGAAAAACUUCACCCAGGGGUUAUAUUUCGAUUACCGGUAUUUUGACAAGCAGAACAUCACGCCACGGUACGAGUUUGGCUAUGGCCUAUCAUAUACCUCCUUUCAAUUGUCGGGUAUCAACAUCAAAGCCUUAAGCCAGAAAUCGGCGACAGCAAAUUCACGGUCUGAGGUUAACGUGACUUUACCUUCAUAUAAUGAAAGCAUCCCAGAUCCAAAUUCAGCCCUGUUCCCUGAAGGAUUCAACGGGCUAGAAAGAUAUGUCUAUCCAUACAUCUCGUCCGUGGACGAUGUUCAGGAAACGGAGCGCCUUCACUUUCUCCGGCGGCGUACUGACGAAUACAACUUGACUGCUGGGGGUGGUGAAGGAGGCAAUCCAUCACUCUUCGAGUCCAUGGUCAAUGUGAGUCUCACGGUCAAUAAUACUGGUGAACGAGCUGGUAAGACUGUGGUUCAACUUUACGUCUCUUUCCCGUCCGGUGUUAACGAGACGGUCAAAGAAGAAGGGGAAGAUGAGGAUGAACGAGUGAUAUCUAUAGACUUCCCUAACCGUGUGUUACGGAACUUCGAAAAGGUCGAGCUACAGCCUGGUCAGUCAAAGGAAGUGACACUGUCUUUGACACGGAAGGACUUGAGCUACUGGAGCAUUUACCAGCAGAACUGGAUAAUUCCUACAGCCGGGAAAUUCAAGAUAUGGGCUGGGCAGAGUUCAAGAGACCUACCUCUGACUGGCGAAUUUUGA